AUGACAGCUACGGUAACCUUCAGGGACAUUUUUCAUAAAUGUGACGUUCUGGUUGCAACUCUCUCAGCGUUUUGCGAAUAAAUAACCCAAGCUGGAGAAUUGCCGAAAUUUCCUUUAAGGUUGAAGAAAUUGAAUGAAAUUCCAGAAAGGUCUGAGUGUUUUCUGAGAAGGUCACUGCGAAACAACCAUCAGUUCAGAGCACAUGUCUGUCAGACAGUGGGGAUAUUAGUAUGAGUUAUCAGUGAGAAGAACCCAGGCUGUCCUCCUGAUAGAUGCUCCGGCAGCAGGACCGUCAGUGUUCAAACCGGCAGUUCGUGUUCAUUUGGGAUAAUUUGACAAAUAAAGCGUCUGAAGGCUGAAAUUACACUAAAUCCUCCGUUGAUUCCAGCCACCGUCUGUUCGCUGUUUCCAGUUAAAACCCGGAGAUUACAGCGCCGAUUUAUCACCGCCAGUCCGCAUCCAAACCCCGGAGAAAACCCGCAUCCCCACCUCCAGACAUCGUCCACCGCUGCUCCCGCAGGCCGGCGAAGAGGUGCGUAGACCCGGCCGAGACCCGCAGCAGCCUCCCGGUUCAAAAACAGCCAUCAAAAACGCAAAAAUCAUUAAGGAAAGUCGGGAUAUUAACGGGAAUCCCAGGGAUCACCGAGAGCUUCAAGUUGAAAUGAACAACCAACGUUUCCUUCAAGGAUUUUCAAAAUAA